GAAGAAAUGAAUAAGAGGAAGAAUCUAGAAGGAUCCGACGAUCUUCAGGAGUCGCUCUGAUUUUGCCAUCUUUUUCCCUAUCCCUCCAAGUUGACUCGUACAACAUCAUCAAAUUCCACCGGGGAUGACAUCAUCAUGACCAAACCAGGGUGCCCGAGCAAAUGCGGAAACAUCACAAUCCCAUACCCAUUCGGAGUCGGAAUCGGCUCAAACUGCGCACUAAACCCAUGGUUUGAAAUCUACUGCGACCACACCGUGGACCCCGCAUACAUGCUCGUCUCCACCCGAGACGACUACCGCCUCGUCAGCAUCUCCGAUUCCGAGAUAAGAAUCAAUAACCCCUUCUUCGCCAGCCAAUGCUACAACACCAUCAACACCACCAUAAAGACCAAUUUGACCCUCGAUUUCUCGGGGACUCCCUACACCCUAUCCAGCUCCAACACGCUGACUCAGAUCGGCUGCUCCGACCUGGCUGUGAUCGAGGGUUUGUCACAGCAGUUCGAUCCUCCGAGUCUCACCCGCAGUAACUUCGCCUACGGCUGCGUUUCGUUCUGCUCCGACGGUGAUCUGUCGCUCAACGGGUCAUGCCCUGGAAACGGGUGCUGCCAGAUUCCCAUUCCGAAAGGUACCGUUUUCAUCAACUCUUCGAUCUCCGGUUUGGAAGAUAGGUGGGGGAAUGUGGGGACUAAGCCUUGUAGCUAUUCCUUCAUUGGGGAGAGAGAGAGUUUUGCCUUUAGUGCAGUUUCUGACCUGUAUAAGCCUCCGAUGACUAUUUCAAAUUGGUUGAAUGAAGUUUCUGUGGUGUUGGAUUGGAGGAUUGGAACGGAGAAUUGCAGUGAGGCUCGGAGGAAGGAUUCCAAUGGUUUUGGUUGCUACGGGAAUAGCGACUGCAUCGAUGCCGAUGCCGGAGUUGGAGGGUAUCGGUGUAAGUGCUGGAAAGGAUAUCAAGGCAAUCCUUAUCUCCCUCUUGGUUGCCAUGAUAUCGAUGAGUGUAAAAGUAAUCCAUGCCACUCGACAGGGGUUUGCAUCAAUAAUCCGGGAGAUUAUAGGUGUGAAUGUGCUGCUGGAUAUUAUGGUAAUGGCUGGAGAAAUAGUACUGGUUGUUUCUUGGUGGAUAUUCCUUACUCCAAGAUGAGCAAAUUGUCUAUAGGUUUGAUAUCCGGAAUGGGUUUCCUAACGUUAUUAUCGAUCUCCUUCAUCUCCGCCAAAUUCGUGAAAAAGAGAAAAAUUAAAAACCGAAAACAAAAAUUCUUCAAACAAAACGGGGGCCUUUUACUACAGCAGCAACAAACCUCAGUCAAACAAGGUAUCCUAGUAAAGAACACACGAACAUUCACCGCUAAAGAGCUCGAGAAAGCCACCGAUCGGUUCAACGAGAGCCGAAUACUCGGUCAAGGAGGUCAAGGCACUGUCUACAAAGGCAUGCUUUCCGAUGGGCAAAUAGUCGCAAUCAAGAAAUCCGAAUUAGUCGAUGAACACAAAUCCAAAUCCCUAGUCAAACAAUUCAUAAACGAGGUUGUCAUAUUAUCACAAAUCAAUCAUAGGAACGUGGUCAAGAUUUUGGGGUGCUGUCUCGAGACAAAAGUCCCUCUUCUCGUUUAUGAAUUUGUUUCAAACGGGACCCUUUUUGAACACAUACAUGAUGGUGGAAAUAACGAGUUCCCAUUUUCUUGGAACAUGCGUUUGAAAAUUGCAGUGGAGAUUUCUGGUGCGUUGGCUUAUCUACACUCUGCAACUUCUCUUCCGAUUUUUCAUAGGGAUGUAAAAUCGAGCAAUAUUUUAUUGGACGAGAAAUAUGUGGCGAAGGUGUCGGAUUUCGGGAUUUCGAAAUCGGUUCAAGUGGAUCAAACUCAUUUAACCACGAAUGUGAACGGGACGUUUGGAUAUAUCGAUCCAGAGUAUUUCCAGUCGAGCCAAUAUACAGAGAAGAGUGAUGUUUAUAGUUUUGGGGUUGUUCUUGUGGAGCUUUUAACGGGGCUUAAGCCAAUAAUGGCUAUGACUGAUUCGGAAGAUAAUAGAAGUUUGGUGUCUCGUUUUUUGUCUUUAAUGGACGAAAAUACCCUCGAUUCGAUUCUUGAUGAUCAAGUGUUGAAAGGUGAAAGUGGAGGUGUUCUCGCGGUAGCAAAACUUGCGAAAAGAUGUUUGGAUUUGAACGGUAAGAAACGUCCGUAUAUGAAACAAGUUGCUGUGGAAUUGGAGAGUGUGAGAAUGGCUCAAAUGGGAUCGAGUGUAGGGGCAAAAUUGACAGAAGAAGAUUAUUCGUUCCGUAGAGGAGAAUCGGUGGUCUUUUCGACGGGUAACGAUGAAUAUAAUUGGACGAUUACUAGUGAUUUUCAGACCAACGCUUCGUCUGAUGUAUAUCCUAUCUUGUUGGAUGCAAAUUAAAGUUUUACUAGUAAGUUGGCUGCUGGAUUUCUUGUUUC